AUGUAUUUAUCCACUGUGCGUGUGUGUGUAGCGAUUGUCGAAGAUCCACACUCACACCCACACUCUCAAGAUGGUUUUAUCAGUGAAAUUCAUCGAACUGCAACAUUAGAAUAUAAUGAAAUUGAUGAUUAUAAAAAUUCUAUUAAAAAAACUCCUAAAAUGUGGCUUGUAUUUUCAUCAGCAAGUAAAAAGCGUGAUGUAGCAACAAUAUAUGACAGAAAUACUCUUUUUAUCAUUACUAUACCAUCACAAUCACAACAUUUAGACAUAUCAAGUAUAUCAAAAUUUUCCGCGAAAGAAGAAGUAUUAUUAGGACCAUCAACAAGUUUUCAGGUUGAAAAUGUUUAA